GCUUAGCAAAAGGAGUGACAUUCAAUGGAUCCCAAAUAUCAGCGUGUGGAGCUAAAUGAUGGUCAUUUCAUGCCUGUAUUAGGAUUUGGCACCUAUGUGCCUCCAGAGCCAGGUGAGACGCUACUACCAAAAGAUGAAAAUGGAAAAGUAAUAUUCGACACAGUGGAUCUCUGUGCCAUAUGGGAGGCCAUGGAGAAGUGUAAGGAUGCAGGAUUGGCCAAGUCCAUCGGGGUGUCAAACUUCAACCGCAGACAGCUGGAGAUGAUCCUCAACAACCCAGGACUCAAGUACAAGCCCGUCUGCAACCAGGUGGAAUGUCAUCCUUACCUCAACCAGAGCCAACUGCUGGAUUUCUGCAAGUCAGAAGACAUUGUCCUGGUUGCCCAUAGUGCUCUGGGAACCCAACGACAUAAACUAUGGGUGGACCAGAACUCCCCAGCUCUUUUGGAAGACCCAGUUCUUUGCGCCUUAGCAAAGAAGCACAAACCAUCCCCAGCCCUGAUUGCCUUGCGCUACCAGCUGCAGCGUGGGGUUGUGGUCCUGGCCAAGAGCUACAAUGAACAGCGGAUCAGAGAAAACGUCCAGGUUUUUGAAUUCCAGUUGACUUCGGAGGAUAUGAAAGUUCUAGAUGGCCUAAACGGAAAUUUUCGAUAUGCUGUCAUGGAUUUUCUUGUGGACCACCCUGAUUAUCCAUUUUCAGAUGAAUAUUAGCAGAGAGGGUGCUGCACGACAUCUAGCAGAAGCCCUGCGUGUGGAUGGUGAUGCAGAGGAUGUCUCUAUGCUGGUGGACACACGGCCUCUGGUUAAAUCCCUCCUGCUUGGCAACUUCAGUUAGCUACAUACAUCCAUAGUCCAGAAAGCAAAGAAAAUAAAUUUUAUCUUGAAGUAA